CAUGGUAGAUCAGUUGGAAGCCUCUAUCGAGAAUAUUCUCGAACAAAAAACGCUAAAACGGAUUUUUGUAGCCUGAAAAGGUGUCGGAAAGACGACAGGCAGUUGCUCAUUAGCAACGCAACUCUCAAAAGUCCGUGAGAGUGUUCUAAUCGUGUCCACCGAUACCGCCCACAAAAUCUCGGAUGCCUUCAGCCAGGAAUUCACUAAAUUUCCAACACUGGUCGAAGGAUUCAAAAAUCUCUUUGUGAUGGAAAUCGAUUCAAAACCAGAUGGAGAAGACGUCGAAGUGGAGAAUAUGGAAGAAAUGUUGCAUAAUGUCUGCAGUUCUAAGCUCAAGGACUUGGCGGCACUAAACCAUCAUCGAUUGAAGUAUCAUAUGACACCACAGGAAUGCCUGAUGUGCCAAAUUGUGAUGACUCGAGCCGAUGAUGUGAGGAAGCACAUGAGAAAUGUGCAUCACAUCACUCAACCGACGGUGUGCUCGUGUUGCCAUCAUACCUAUCUUUCGUUGAAAUCCGUUCAUGCACAUAGAAACUCUAUAAAAUAAGGAACAAUGGAUUCUGAGAUACCGAUCGCAAAAUCGACAAAUGCCCGCUUCUGUUUUCUGGCACCGCCUGCCAAAGCUGUUGUGCAAAUUAGAGGAACGCCUCAACGAACACCUUCACCACACGUGGAAGAGCCGAAAACUCCUGUCCUGCGACUUUUGAGAAGCUCGCAGAGAAAUAAACAUCAAAAGUUCCAUGUACAUUAAAUAGAAUUUUUUUUUACUUAAAUUUUCAUCUUUUGUUUUGAACUUUAUGCUUGUAACACUAUUAUACUACUAGUCAAUACUAGUUCGCCAAACUUUCCCAUCACUUUUUAACUCUGUUACAUAAUACUUUUGCUUCAAUGAAACGGGGAAAUGAUUUU